AUGAGAAACAAAAGAAAAAAGCAAAGUAUUCUACCAUUGACUGUGUUGGUUGUAAUUCUGUUCUAUUUAACACAUUAUGCGCAUGUGAAGCAUGCCCAAAGAUCAGCGGUGAAAAGCAGUAGAUACAGGAGAUCAACCGACCAGGUCCAUGAUCACAUCGAUAUAGAUGAUGCUGAACACGACGAAAAAAUUGAUGAUCUUGAACGUGACACACCAGCUGAUUCAGUGGAUAUUGAGCGUGACACAUCAACUGACCCAGUGGAUAUUGAGCGUGACACAUCAACUGACCAAGUGGAUAUUGAGAGUGACACAUCAACUGACCAAGUUGAUAGCGAGCGUGACACAUCAACUGACCCAGCGGAUAUUGAGCAUGACACAUCAACUGACCCAGUGGAUAUUGAGCGUGACACAUCAACUGACCAAGUGGAUAUUGAGAGUGACACAUCAACUGACCAAGUUGAUAGCGAGCGUGACACAUCAGCUGACCCAGCGGAUAUUGAGCGUGACACAUCAACUGACCCAGUGGAGAUUGAGCGUGACACAUCAACUGAUCGAGCAGAUGAUCCUGAACACAUCGGGAAGAAUCAACAACUCGAACCUAAAUGCGAAGCGACAAUUGUUCUACCUGAUCCUGGAAAUGACACAAUAAUUGAUGCAGGCGAAUCUGAACGUGACGAAAUAAUUGAUCAUCUUGUCCCCGGACGUGACACGGCAAUUGAUCAAGUCGCUCCUGAAAGUAAAAAAACAAUUCGCUCUGUCAAUGCUGAACGUAACGUUACAAUUGAUCAAGUCGAGUCUGAAUAUAAGACGACUAUCAAGCCAGUUGACCCUGAACAUGAGACAACAAUUGAUUCUGUUUAUCCUGAAGGUGAGACAAUAGUUGAUUCUGUUUAUCCUGAACGUGUCAUUACAAUCAAUCCAGCCGAUCGCGAACAUGAAACAACAAUUUAUUCUGUUGAUGCAGAAUUUGCUGAAGUAAUUGAUCAAGACGAUUCUGAACAAGAGAGGACAAUCAAUCCAGUCGAUACUGAACGUGAGACAACUAUUGAUUCUGUUGAUGCUAAACGGAGAAUAACUAUCGAUUCUGUUGAUGCUAAACGGAGAAUAACUAUCGAUUCUGUUGAUGCUGAACGUGACGUAGCAAUCGAUCAGUUUGAUCCUGAACAUGAGACGACAAUCAAUCCAGUUCAUCCUGAACGUGAGACAACAAUUGAUAAUGUGUAUGCUCAACAUGACCUAACAUUUGAUCUUGUUGAUCCUGAACAAGAGAGGACAAUCAAUCCAAACGAUCCUGACCGUGAGACAACUAUUGAUUCUGUUGAUCAUGAACGUUACAUAGCAACUGAUCAAUUCGAUCCUGAUCAUAAGACGACAAUUAAUCGAAUCGAGCCAGGACAUGAAACAACUGAUUCUGUUGAUGCUGAGUACGACGUAUUGAUCGAUCAAGUUGAUCCAGAACAUGAGACGACAAGCAAUCCUAUUGAUCCUGAAAGUGAGACAACUAUUGAUUCUGUUGAUCCUGCAGGAAACGUAUCAGACGAUGAAGUUACUGUUAGUCUACUUGAUAAUGAAACUGUUACUGGUACUAUCAAUACACCGGAUAACCUUACAAUUAGUACUGCAUCUCUAGAUGACCUAAACAGCUGCGGCUAUGAUAUUUCUACUUACACGUGUAUGGAGAAUACUUGCAGAGGAAGAUGUGGGCAGAUUAACAAUUAUACGAAUGCCUUGUGGCUCUGUUCUUGUGAUGCGGCGUGCCACGUCUAUGGAGAUUGUUGCAAGGACUUUAACGAUGUUUGCGGCAACCGUACAUAUAGCAUCGAGAUGGAGGAAUCUUUCGUUUGCAAAAAUAUAGGAGAUGGUCAAUACGUAUAUAUGAAGCAAUCCUGCCGACCCGACUACAAUAAUGUAGAUAUCAUUCAGAAAUGUUACGGGGAGGAUGGUGUCGAGGGAAUCAUACCAGUCACUGACGAACUGACAAACGUUGUCUAUGUCAAUUAUUUUUGCGCUAUGUGUAAUCGUGUCAAUGAAAACGUUGUUCCUUGGAAAAUAUUAGUCCAAUGUAAAAUGAAUACCCCACAAUUCCCCAUAUCAGGCAAUGAUUAUUUCAUCCGGUUGGUAAUUAUGGCGCAGAGAUCGGGAAGAACGUGUUUGAUUUCCAAAGCUCCAAAGGAUGAAGGUUUAUAUAUGCGACGACCCUGUAUUUCUAUUUCACCGACUCAAUGCAGAAAUGGAUGCAAAGAUGAGGGUAUUUUAGAAGCCUGUAAAACUGGAGUUCGAGACCCACAAACUUUCAAAACUGGAGGUAUGAUUCUAAGAAAUGCGCAUUGUCUACAAUGUCUCAAUUUGGCGGAGAGUCGAGACUGUGACAGUUAUAGAAUGCCGAAUGAAGGCAAUAAGAUAUCCAACUUCUUUGCUUACUCCGUAUUGGUUGAUGUAAUCAGUGAUUCUGGUUCCGUAUUGCAGAUCAAGGCAGAUUCGGCUAUCGCGGGCGUUGAUUCUGCUGUAAAGGUGAAAGGCGCGGAAAUAAGUAUAACGAAAUGUCCAAGUCGGUUUAAACUUAUCAAAAAUGAAUGCGUGUUACAUGAGACCCAAUUAAAGGUAUUCUGUAGAAUCCCAAAAGGAAACAACAAUGCAGAAAAUAUCAAAGCACGCGUGACCAAGGCGAUUACAGAAAUGUUCGAUAUCAUUGGUAUUCUUUUUGUAAAGGCUCUGCCUGAUGGUUUCGUCCAUUGCCAUUUCUUUGCCGCGUUCCAUAAUGAAACACUUGAUUGGAAGACUAAGUUUAAUCUAAAUGAGAAAACCCUUCAGCAAUCGCUUCCUCCUGUCGGUUCAACUUCAGAUGAACGCUAUUGUACAUAUGAGAAAGAUGGGACCGAAUUGACCCUCGCGAAUCUGGUUUUGGGUCAGCCUCCAACGGAAGGCCAAUUGUCGACAUUAGAGAUAUCGCACUCGCCUAGUGGCAACGGUCGUAUUACGAGUACUGGAAUCAGGCUCUGUUCAGGCAUGCUUGGACUUGUUUCUGUCUGGCUCGUUUUUGCUUUCACCAGUUCAACGAUAAAUUAAUCUUCGAGAAUAGGAUAAGUCCUUUGUUCAGGCAUGAAUCAUGUCUUAAAAAGCUAAGAAUUGUCUGUCGGGAAUCUGGUUGUGGGUCAGCCUACAACGGAAGGCCAAUUGUCGACAUUAGAGAAAUCGCACUCGUCUAGUGACAACGGUCGUACUACGAGUGAUGGGACAAGGCUCUGGUCAGGUUUGUAUGGUUUCGUUCUGCAUCGCUCGUUUUUGCUACUUGUUCAACGAUGAGAACUUGAUUGAGAAGCCCUUUGUCCAGGCAUGAAUCGUGUCUUAAGAAAGCUAAGAAUGAGAAUGGUUCUAUGAUGCGAUUUAUUUUUGCUCUGCAUUGGUGGGAGAGAUUGAAAAUAUGAGAAUGUACGAAGGCUUUAAGAAUCUGAUCUGCCUACAAAGAUUGACUUGUUCCAAAUUGCCUGAUGAAUCGUUUCCUCAUUGUAAAUGUCGUUUGCACUUUAAGUUAUAAUGAAAAUUAUUUUGAGGUAUUCCUAAGCUAUUCGCAAUCGCUCAUUUAACUAUCUACAAAAAUACUUAUAAAAAUUCUAAUUUUGCCAUAUAUUUCUAUGUUCAUUAUUUUAUUUUCGAUAAAAAAAUAGAAAAAAUCAUGAAAUAUAUUAUUGAAAUAUGGAAAGACAUUGUUCUUGUUUAUGAAAUAAAUGUAUAUAAAUUAUCUAACACAGAUGCAUGAUAAAAAUGAUAGAAACCAAUGAGGAGGAUAAACAUCAUAUCCGAUUAUUUUCUUAAUAAUUAAUUAAUUAAUUAUUUUCUUAGGGUAUCAUUAGUAACCGAGAC